UUAGAGAGAGAGAGAGGUCCAGACACAAAUCACUGUUGUUGUGAUUGAAGAAAAUAAAGCAUUAAAAUAAUACCCUUUUUAAUUUAUUUGUUUUUAAAAUCUCAAGAAGGAAGAUAGAAAAUGAAUGAAAACUGUUGGUUCACUGACAGAGGUGUUUACUACAUCAGGUAUGGUUGUGUCUACUACAUCAGGUAUGGUUGGUUCACUGGCAGAGGUGUCUACUACAUCAGGUAUGGUUGUGCCUACUACAUCAGGUAUAUUUGGUUCACUGACAGAGGUGUCUACUACAUCAGGUAUGGUUGGUUCACUGACAGAGGUGUUUACUACAUCAGGUAUGGUUGGUUCACUGGCAGAGGUGUCUACUACAUCAGGUAUGGUUGGUUCACUGACAGAGGUGUUUACUACAUCAGGUAUGGCUGUGUCUACUACAUCAGGUAUAUUUGGUUCACUGACAGAGGUGUCUACUACAUCAGGUAUGGUUGGUUCACUGACAGAGGUGUUUACUACAUCAGGUAUGGUUGGUUCACUGGCAGAGGUGUCUACUACAUCAGGUAUGGUUGGUUCACUGACAGAGGUGUUUACUACAUCAGGUAUGGUUGUGUCUACUACAUCAGGUAUAUUUGGUUCACUGACAGAGGUGUCUACUACAUCAGGUAUGGUUGGUUCACUGGCAGAGGUGUCUACUACAUCAGGUAUGGUUGUGUCUACUACAUCAGGUAUGGUUGGUUCACUGGCAGAGGUGUCUACUACAUCAGGUAUGGUUGUGUCUACUACAUCAGGUAUGGUUGGUUCACUGACAGAGGUGUUUACUACAUCAGGUAUGGUUGGUUCACUGACAGAGGUGUCUACUACAUCAGGUAUGGUUGGUUCACUGACAGAGGUGUCUACUACAUCAGGUAUGGUUGGUUCACUGACAGAGGUGUUUACUACAUCAGGUAUGGUUGUGUCUACUACAUCAGGUAUGGUUGGUUCACUUACAGAGGUGUCUACUACAUCAGGUAUGGUUGGUUCACUGACAGAGGUGUCUACUAUAUCAGGUAUGGUUGUGUCUACUACAUCAGGUAUGGUUGGUUCACUGACAGAGGUGUCUACUACAUCAGGUAUGGUUGGUUCACUGGCAGAGGUGUCUACUACAUCAGGUAUGGUUGGUUCACUGGCAGAGGUGUCUACUACAUCAGGUAUGGUUGUGUCUACUACAUCAGGUAUGGUUGGUUCACUUACAGAGGUGUCUACUACAUCAGGUAUGGUUGGUUCACUGACAGAGGUGUCUACUAUAUCAGGUAUGGUUGUGUCUACUACAUCAGGUAUGGUUGGUUCACUGACAGAGGUGUCUACUACAUCAGGUAUGGUUGGUUCACUGGCAGAGGUGUCUACUACAUCAGGUAUGGUUGGUUCACUGGCAGAGGUGUUUACUACAUCAGGUAUGGUUGGUUCACUGGCAGAGGUGUCUACUACAUCAGGUAUGGUUGGUUCACUGACAGAGGUGUUUACUACAUCAGGUAUGGUUGGUUCACUGACAGAGGUGUCUACUACAUCAGGUAUGGUUGGUUCACUGACAGAGGUGUCUACUACAUCAGGUAUGGUUGGUUCACUGACAGAGGUGUUUACUACAUCAGGUAUGGUUGGUUCACUGACAGAGGUGUUUACUACAUCAGGCAUGGUUGGUUCACUGACAGAGGUGUUUACUACAUCAGGUAUGGUUGGUUCACUGACAGAGGUGUCUACUACAUCAGGUAUGGUUGGUUCACUGACAGAGGUGUCUACUACAUCAGGUAUGGUUGGUUCACUGACAGAGGUGUCUACUACAUCAGGUAUGGUUGGUUCACUGACAGAGGUGUCUACUACAUCAGGUAUGGUUGGUUCACUGACAGAGGUGUUUACUACAUCAGGUAUGGUUGGUUCACUGACAGAGGUGUUUACUACAUCAGGUAUGGUUGGUUCACUGACAGAGGUGUUUACUACAUCAGGUAUGGUUGGUUCACUGACAGAGGUGUUUACUACAUCAGGUAUGGUUGGUUCACUGACAGAGGUGUCUACUACAUCAGGUAUGGUUGGUUCACUGACAGAGGUGUCUACUACAUCAGGUAUGGUUGGUUCACUGACAGAGGUGUCUACUACAUCAGGUAUGGUUGGUUCACUGACAGAGGUGUCUACUACAUCAGGUAUGGUUGGUUCACUGACAGAGGUGUUUACUACAUCAGGUAUGGUUGGUUCACUGACAGAGGUGUUUACUACAUCAGGUAUGGUUGGUUCACUGACAGAGGUGUUUACUACAUCAGGUAUGGUUGGUUCACUGACAGAGGUGUUUACUACAUCAGGUAUGGUUGGUUCACUGACAGAGGUGUUUACUACAUCAGGUAUGGUUGGUUCACUGACAGAGGUGUUUACUACAUCAGGUAUGGUCAGGAAUGAUCGAAGCAAAAACAUUGACUAGUAUCCAGCUGUCAGAGCGACUAAUAUUGAUAGUAAUGCGGUAGAUUGGACUGUGUUCUCACAAUAUACAAUAACUGGAGAUAUGACUAGUGUUGGAUUUACUGAGAUUAGACUUGGAGAGCCAUCAUCAUCAUCAUCAUCAACGACAACGUGAAGAUGGAGAGAUCUGCUUGAAUGGUUCAUCUACUCCUACCAGAAGAGGAUCUACUGAGAUGAGACUUGGAGAGCCAUCAUCAUCAUUAUCAUCAACGACAACGUGAAGAUAGAGAGAUCUGUGUCAACUGUCUGACUGACAGCUCAGCUAACAGCCCAUUUAGAUCAGGCAGUUUGGACACGUUUCCCGAGGUGAGAGUCUCCAGUCACCACGUUUUACACAAUGUAUAUAUAUAUAUAAUAUAAUAGCAGCUAGCAGAUCCACUCAGACACUGACGACUCAACCAUGUGGUGUGGACGAGGAGGAGUUCAUUCAGGUCAUUCAGGUCAGUCAGGGUCAUGGAGGGGUGACUUUUGGUUUAGAGAGAAAACACAGAUUUGAUGUCAAAUGGAGGAAGGAGAAAGUCGUCUGGUGGUUGAUUCCUGACCACAUCUGGAGUCUGAGUGAGUGAACACCUCUGUACUGUGAGAUGAGGGCGAACAGUAACAUCUGGAGUCUGAGUGAGUCAACACCUCUGUACUGUGAGAUGAGGACGAACACUAACAUCUGGAGUCUGAGUGAACACCUCUGUACU